AUGUCAGUAAAAGUAAUCGACACAGAACGAAUAUCGGACUUUCUCACAGACUUGAUGAUGUCUGAGGUGGACCGCUGCGGGGAGAACGAGCACCUUAUUUUCAGAGAGAACACACUGGCCACAAAGGCCAUAGAGGAAUACCUCAAACUGGUUGGACAGAAGUACCUGCAGGACGCCCUCGGUGAGUUCAUCAAGGCUCUGUAUGAGUCAGAUGAGAACUGUGAGGUGGAUCCGUCCAAAUGUUCAUCAGGAGACCUACCGGAACACCAGAGUAACCUGAAGAUGUGCUGUGAGCUGGCCUUCUGCAAAAUCAUCAACUCAUACUGUGUAUUUCCCAGAGAACUGAAAGAGGUCUUCGCGUCAUGGCGGCAGGAAUGCAGUAACCGCGGCCGACCGGACAUCAGCGAGCGCUUGAUCAGCGCGUCUUUGUUCCUGCGGUUUCUCUGUCCUGCCAUCAUGUCGCCGUCGCUUUUCAACCUGAUGCAGGAAUAUCCCGACGACCGCACGGCACGCACGCUCACGCUCAUCGCUAAAGUCACCCAAAACCUGGCCAACUUCACCAAAUUUGGUAACAAGGAGGAGUACAUGUCCUUCAUGAACCAGUUCCUGGAGCACGAGUGGACAAACAUGCAGCGCUUCUUGCUCGAAAUCUCAAACCCAGAGACAAUCUCAAACACGGCAGGCUUUGAGGGAUACAUCGACCUCGGCAGGGAACUGUCCACUCUGCACUCCCUCCUCUCAGAGGUGGUGUCUCAGAUGGACCAGUGUGGCGCCUCCAAGCUGGGUCCGCUGCCCCGGAUCCUGCGGGAAGUGAACACAGCUCUGUCUAACCCCUCAAGUGUCCAGAUGACACCUGGACAGUCAUCAGAGCAUAUGAGCUCGCCUCCUGCUGAGGCAAGCUGCAGCAUCUCCACGGGUCUGCAGAAGAUGGUCAUAGACAAUGACCUCUCAGGCUUGGUUGACUUCACCCGGUUACCCUCCCCCACCCCGGAAAACAAGGACAUAUUCUUUGUGACACGGAGCUCAGGGAUCCAGCCCUCCCCAGCACGCAGCUCAAGCUACUCAGAGACCAACGAGCCAGACCUUGGCAUGGCCAAUGGCAGCAAGAGUCUGUCCAUGGUUGACCUCCAGGACCCACGCAGUCUGGAAGGUGGCCCAAGUCCUGGCACCUCAGACACCUUGGGUGAAGGGCCAGGCUCGGGUGGGGGCUGGUCGGCCAGAGUCCCACAAGGCAACAUCCUUGGGGGUCCCACCCUGAGGAGGCAAGGCCAGACCCCAUCCACACCAGGCGCAGAAAGUACACCAGGUCGACCCGCCCAACUACUUGCCCCCCUUUCCUUCCAGAAUCCAGUCUACCAGAUGGCGGCCUGCCUGCCCGUCUCCCCUCGUGGAAUGAACGACUCGGGCUCAGAGUGCCAUAGUUCUGUCAGUUCCCAUAGCAACAACGAGGAGGCACCAGCGAUGGGGAAACACACCUUCCUGAACCACAGUGGUGGAGGAGUAGGCGGAGGUGGGGGCAGCAGCGGAGACGAGUACACCAGGCGUCCAGGGGAGUAUAACCGCCGACAGCUGUCCCUCACUGAGACACAGCACCAGCCCACCGUCCCCAGACAGAACAGCGCCGGUCCACAGAGGAGGAUAGACCAACCGCCACCUCAGAGCAUUACCCGAGGCCGCACACCCCCGAAUCUGCUCAACAGUGGACCUUACCCCCGACCUUCCUCUGGCAGCAUGAUCACGUCAUCCCCUGACUGGCCCGGCAGUGGCGCUCGGUUACGACAGCAGUCGUCUUCCUCCAAAGGUGACAGUCCUGAGACCAAACAGAGGGCUCAGCACAAACAGGCCCCCUCCCCUGUGAACCCAAGUGCGCUGGACCGCACAGCAGCCUGGCUAUUGAAUAUGAAUGUGCACUAUUUAGACCAUGAGCUGAUGGAGCCUGAGUCACUGAGAAACAGAGAGGAUCUGAAUCGGGUGGACAAGUACCAGCAGGAGAUCGCAGUGCUGCAGGAGAAGCUGCGGGCGUCGGUGCAGAAGCUGGAGGAGUACGAGGCCCGUCUCAAGGGUCAGGACGAGCAAGCGCAGAAAGUGCUGAUGGAGUACCAGGCCAGGCUGGAGGAGUCGGAGGAGCGACUGCGUAGGCAGCAGGACGACAAGGACCUUCAGAUGAAGAGCAUCAUCAGUCGGUUAAUGUCAGUGGAGGAGGAGCUAAAGAAGGACCAUUCAGACAUGCAGGCGGUGGUGGACUCCAAACAGAAGAUCAUCGACGCACAGGAGAAGCGCAUAGCCUCGCUGGACGCAGCCAACGCCCGCCUGAUGAGCGCUCUGACCCAGCUGAAGGAGCGCUACAGCAUGCAGAGCCGCAACGGCAUCUCCCCCACCAACCCCACCAAACUGCAGAUCACUGAGAACGGAGAGUUCAGGAACAGCAGCAACUGCUGAGCCAAACCGAGCGCCGGGCGCCUGCGAGUGUACAGUUAUUCACAGCGGGG